GGAGCUGGAAAGGUAUAGGUAUCCAAGAGGAAGAGGAGGAGGAGGAGGAGGGGGAAGAAAGAGCGGAUCCCCGGACAAUGGUGGGGAAAGAUAUGGGGAGUGAUUCCGGAGCCCUACACCGUGUGUCCCGCAAGCUGUUUGCAUUUGUAAAGUUUUCCCAAGAUGGAGAAAGUUGGAGAAUUGAAAAUUGGCAAAAAACUGAAUGAAGGAAAGACCAAGGAAGUGUAUGAGCUGUUGGGCUGUCCAGGACAAGUAUUGAUUCAGUCCAAGGAUCAGAUUACAGCUGGCAAUGCAGUCAGGAAAGAUCAGAUGAUGGGCAAGGCUGCAAUAUCUACCAAAACUACGGUUUCUGUCUUCAAACUGCUGCAGGAUGCUGGCAUAAAAACUGCAUUUGAGAAGCAGCAUGGCGAAACAGCAUUUGUGGCAGCCAACUGUCAAAUGAUUCCUAUUGAGUGGGUCUGUAGAAGAAUUGCUACUGGCUCUUUUCUAAAGAGAAAUCCUGGUGUAAAAGAAGGAUACAAGUUCUGCCCUCCAAAGUUGGAGAUGUUCUUUAAGGAUGAUGCUAAUAAUGACCCGCAAUGGUCUGAAGAACAAUUGAUUCAGGCUCAGUUUAACUGUGGAGGACUGCAGAUUGAACGGUGUGAAGUAGAUAUUAUGAAUCGGACCACUUUGGCUGUGUUUGAGAUAUUGGAGAAAGCCUGGGCAACUCAAAACUGUACACUUGUGGAUAUGAAAGUGGAGUUUGGAGUUUGUGCUUGUACCAAGGAGAUAUUACUUGCUGAUGUCAUUGACAAUGACUCGUGGAGACUGUGGCCUUUGGGGGAUCGCAAACUGCAAAAGGACAAACAGGUUUAUCGUGAUCUCAAAGAAGUGACUCCUGAAGCUAUGCAAAUGGUCAAGAGAAACUUUGAGUGGGUGGCAGAAAGAGUGCAGGACCUGCUGGUGGCAAGGACCUCUGGAAGAGUGGUGGUGAUUAUGGGAUCCCGCAGUGACCUUGACCACAGCCAAAAAAUAAAACAGGCAUGUGCAAAUUAUGGCAUACCAUGUGAACUGCGUGUUUCAUCUGCUCACAAAGGUACUGAUGAAACUCUAAAGAUUAAAGCAGAAUAUGAAGGUGAUGGAGUUCGUACUGUAUUUGUCGCAGUAGCUGGCAGAAGUAAUGGCUUGGGUCCAGUGCUAUCUGGAAACUCCACCUGUCCUGUAAUAAACUGUCCCCCCAUCUCUGCUGAUUGGGGUGUUGAAGAUGUUUGGUCAUCACUGCGAAUGCCUAGUGGUCUUGGCUGCUCUACAGUUCUAUUUCCUGAAGCAGCUGCCCUUUUUGCUGCUCAGAUCUUUGGUCAGUUUGAUCACUUGGUGUGGGCAAAACUGCGGGCAAACAUGUUGAGCACUUGGAUCUCCUUGAAGCAAGCUGACAAGCAGUUGAGAAACAUGUGAUCAAAAAAUUGUACGAUGUGAGAAGAUUCAGCUUUACUCUAUGUACUGUUUUUGAAAGAGUGAAGAUGGUAAUUUUUGAAUUAAACAUGUUUAUGCCUAUUUGUCUGACUUCAAUCAUGUCAGUCAUUAUUGAAUAACACAAUUGUGAUAUUAAGCUUUGAGUGCUAUGGAAAGGAUGCGACCUUUUUUGGCUCCUUUUGAAAAUUUAAGAAUUUCUAAACAGCUUGAACAAACUUAAAUAGAAGUAAGGCAUAGGAUCCCUCAAGCCUGCUUCCCCGAUUCAAGGUGAUCAUGACUGAACCUUUUUGCAUCAACUUCACUUUCCUGACCUCUCCGGACACUGAAUAUCCUUUGAUUCCUUCGGUGUCCAAAAAUUUAUUGAUAAUUGUCUUGAAUAUACUUAGGACCUCAGCAUCCACUGGCCUCUGGGGUAGAGAAUUCCAAGAAUCAAGAGCCUCUUGAGAAGGAAUAGCUCCAGAUCUCUGUCGACUCUUUAUCCUGAGCUUUUGACCCCCAAAUGCUAGACUCUGCAGCCAUGGGAACAGCCUCUCUGUAUCUAACUCCGUAAAGUGCUCUCAAAUUUUUGAGUUUUAAUAAAUUCACUUUUCAUCCCCUCUUAAACUCCAGAAGAGUAUAGGCCCAUUGUACUCAGUGUCUCUUCAUAAGACAAUUCUCCCAUCCCAGGAAUCAAUCUAGUGAACCUUUGUUGUACAGCCUCUAAGGCAAGUGUAUCCUUCCUUGGGUAAGGAGACCAAAACUCUGUACACUACUCCAGAUGGUCUCACGAAAGCCCUCCAUAUUGCAACAACCUUCCUUAUUCUUGUAAUGUAACCCUGUUGUAACACUAACAAUUUAUGGACUGCUGCUACAAAAUCAGUUCUAUUUUACUAGGUUAUUCUAUAAAGAGUACAAUGGAUUCUUUCAACUACAAUGAGCUUGCUUGAUAUUUGCAUAAUAAAGCACAUAUUCAAAGACUGAAGUGUUAGUUGGGUAAGAAAAUGAGUUUUUUUAAUAUAUGCCACUACCACCAUUAGCAUUGAGGUUGAGUAUCUGAGUAGAAGGGAUCCAUCUCUGUACCUGGUGCUUUGUUCUUGAAUUACUACAAAAAUAUUAAUUGUUCCUCAUUUCUAAUUUUCAGCAUGCUGAUGGCUGACUCUAUUCUGUCCUGUUCCUGACAUUUAUGCUUGUUCCACAAAUCUGUGGCUUGUUUAUGAAUAUUGUUAAAAGAUUUGUUGUAUAAGGAGAGUUCUUUCCAGAUCUUGCUUGUUAAUUGCUGAAUAAAUGAUACUUUUAAUGUUAA